CACUGAACUUGUAUUGGAAUUUGUAGUCGGUUUGCAGCGUUCAACAACGCCACUCACACUUGUGGCUGAAGCGCCACCUUCAAGUUCAAGUACUUCGCCCGGCGCGAACAUCCUCCACUUCGUACUAUGCCGUGAUAUGUUCAUAAUUCUCCAAGCUACAAGCUGCGCACUGUCUGACAUCAUCUUAUAGCAGAGAUACGUUCAAGCAAGAAGAGCAGGAAGGCGAAGCAGUGCAUACUACGAAACGCUGGGUAGGCAUCGCUGUGGAUCAUCCGUCGUCGCUACCAUUGGCGAUGCUUGUCGUCUUCGCCACGAAACUCACCAAUGUACUGCCAGCUAGCAGAUAGUGGUCGCAUACCUGGUUUCAUACAAGUUCCUGCACGGUGGACUUUCAUGACUUUGGUCCUUCUGUAUCUACUCACCGUCCCCAGGUCGGGCUUUGCCACAGGCCCACUAGCUGAUGAUAACGACAGUGUUAUGUCCGGGAAGCCCAUUGGCGCGGGAGAGAUCGUUCUCAUCUUCGGAUUAUCGACGUACUGUACGUCUGUGCAUGGACAAGUAUCAGUUCCGAUUUGGUCUUCGAGUUCCUGAGCGCGCCUACCUUCUAGCUCAAUACUUAUGUCAGUUCUCGUCGGGUUGUACGAAUCAAAGACCAGCCGCCAAUGUCGCGAAGUACACCGGGUGUCGUAGAUAAUUUGAAGUGAGCGAGGAUAAUGUGCAGCAGUAGGGCUGCCUGUGGAUGUUUAAAUAAGAGUGUCUGUCUAUCCCUAUGUCUUCGUCAUGUUCAUAGGCUAGUAGCAUGCAUUCGAGUUGCAACGACAGUGGAAUCUCCCAGCAUGAGGGAUCGCGU